ACCAUCAGUCAACGCCGCCUUCAUCUCUCUCCACUUAACGGUUCUCUCUCUCUCUCUCCCCUGUUCCCUCCAUUUCCCAACUAUAAGGUUCUUUACGAUUCUCACUCACCUCUCUCAGAUCUCUCCCCUUGCACCAUGAAUCUUUACGAUUCAGCCUCCCGCCACCAUGCCUACAGCCGGAAGCAGAAAUCAUUAGGCCUGUUGUGCACCAAUUUCUUGACAUUGUACAAUCGAGAGGGCAUCGAUUUGAUUGGCCUCGACGAUGCCGCAACGAAACUAGGAGUUGAGAGACGGCGGAUCUAUGAUAUUGUUAACGUGCUGGAAAGCGUUGGAGUUCUUACGAGAAGGGCGAAGAAUCAGUACACAUGGAAAGGGUUUGAUGCAAUUCCUAAAGCUCUAAAGGAGCUAAAGGAUGAAGGGUUGAAGGAUAAUCUACAUAGCUUUGAUGGGAACAGUAACGCAAAGAUCUCAGAUGAUGAUGAAGAUGAUGAUGAAGGGCUAUCCAACCCCAACACUGGAAGCCAGAAUGAUGGCUCAAAACCUAGCUCUGUUCUUAAGCCUUCAGCUUCAUCCAAAAUGGAUAACCGAAGAGAGAAAUCUCUGGGGCUUCUUACACAAAAUUUUGUGAAACUCUUCGUUUGUACUGAUGCUAAUCUGAUUUCCCUUGACGAGGCUGCACGGUUAUUGCUUGGUGAUGCCCAUAAUACAUCUAUUAUGCGAACAAAAGUGAGGCGAUUGUACGAUAUUGCAAACGUGCUGUCUUCGAUGAAUCUUAUAGAAAAGACCCAUACAUCAGACACUCGGAAGCCAGCAUUUAGAUGGUUGGGUUUCGGAGGGAAAUCGGAGAAUACAUCUAGGGAUGCUUUGGUACUUGAGUCCAGGAAAAGGGCAUUCGGAACUGAUGUCACAAACAUCAGUUGUAAGAAAAGUAUAGUUGAGUUUUCAAUCGACGACCAUAUGAACCCGAGUUUGAAGAUGCAAAAACAACCGACCGUUGAGAGUUUGGUUAAUAGAAGUAAAUUGGAGUCAGAUUCACGACAGGGUUCAAAGAGCUACCACUUUGGUCCUUUUGCUCCCGUUGGUAUUCCCAAAUCGGGCGGUCUGGAGAAUAACGCGAAUCAGGUUCUUGACUUGGAGAAUCUUGCUUCCACUCACAAACCUCAAUACCAUAAUCAAGCUCUCAGAGAGCUUUUUGUCCAUUACAUGGAUGCAUGGAAAUUGUGGUAUAGUGAAGUUGCUGGGAAGAAACCAACACAAGGGAUUCCCUGAUUCACCAUUUUUGAUUUCUGAUUCUAAAAGAGUUGAGUACAGUUUUGAGGAUACCAUUUUACCUUCAUCUAAUUUUUCUUGUGACAGAGAUGGAAAAUGUUGUGCAUAAAUCUCUUUGCACACCAACCUAGCCUAGUCUGGCCUUGUUCAAGCAUACUUGAUUUGUUGUAAUGCUAUUUUUACCCCUCCAGUGCUUUCGAGUAAUUCUUUUUUGUUACUUUACAUUUGAAGCGAGUGAUAGAGAACUGCAGGUUUCAUUAUUAGCUGUUGGGCAGCUUUCUGUUUAUGCAAUAAGGCGCUUCAGUAGCACAGAUGAGCUGUAAAUAUGAUUGAUGAAUGUGUUGAUGCUUCUCUUAUAUUUA